AUGGCAGCGGUUGAGGUUUUGUUGUACGGAAGCGAUUGUGGAUUGAAUACGACCUUUCCUUGGACGAUUGGAUGGGAUGAGGGGGAUAUUCGCAUGAGGCUGAGAUUCAUUGCAAAGGCUUGGGAGGCUUCGCAAACACAGAAAGAUUUAUGGCAUUCGGGAUUGGACGAGAGCCUCCAUCCGAUACAAGCCAGUUCUCGCAGGCGAAUAAACGAAAGAUUGAGAACCGCUAGCUUACUACCAGGGUGGCAAUGGCAUAGGUCUACACAAGGCGACGAAGAGAAUAUAGUAGACCUACACGACACUAGUUCACUCGCCAAAUCACAGUCGCAAGACUAUAUCAAACACCCCGCUACCCCUAUAACCUCGCGAGAAAGAAUACGUGAACCAUUACCAUUUGACGAUCGUAGAUUAAACCCCUCUGUCGAUUUCAACUACCAAGAUGGAUUUAAGGUGGCUGCGAAGAAGAAUAAGAGGGCAAAUGCAAAGAACAAUGCGCCAGUAUACAAACCCAAGGAAGACGAUGGAGAUGAUGGCAUGAAGAAAAAUGAUAAUGAUGGUAAUAAUGGCGAUGCUGGAGCUAAUGGGAGUGGUUCUGGCAAUGGGGGAGAUGACGAAAAGGAGGAGGAGAGAAGAGAAGAGGAAAGGAGAGAGGAAGAGAGAAAAGAGGAGGAACGAAAAGAGGAGGAGAGGAAAGAAGAGGAGAGGUUAGAAGAGGAGAAGAAAGAAGAAGAGAGGAGAGAGCAGGAGAGAGAGGAAGCAAAGAAGAUUGCUGAGCGGGCUACAGAAAACAUACCGGACAGCUACACUAUAACGGCUAAGAAAGAGAAGAAGAAGAAAAAGGGAAGAAAUGCCGAGCCGGAACCAGACCCUCUUCCACCUCCGCCCCCUCCCGCUCCCGAGAUAAAGAUUGCCGAAACAUUUGACGACAUCAAAUUGGAUGAUAAGCCAAAGCCUGACCUGAAUGUAGAAUCUGGUGGAAGUACUGCAAGCCCAAAAUUACCCGGUGUUCUAGGUGGUUGGGGCAGUAGUUGGAUUACUGGAGUGUCUAAAUGGGGAAUUGGAAGCGCAACAAGCGCAAGGACACCAUCUCCAGUGAACAAGGCCACCGAGGAUGCCAACAAUCCUUGGAGUAAUGAACGUGAAGAAGAUCUUGGGUUUAAUAUUGGCCUUUCCAAGAAAGAAGAUAGGAAGAAGAAAAGUAAAGGUACCGUAGCUUCAGCGAUAGACAAGUUUGAAGUGGCCCCAAAAGAAGAACCCAAAGUGGAGCCUCCGAAACCCAUCAAUAUUCCUAUUUCGGACGACGCUGCUUGGGGUGCUUGGGGUGCUACAAGCAAAAAGAUGAAAGAAGACUCACCUCCACCGGAUCCUAUACCCGAGCGCGAAAAAGACCUAGAGCCCGAUCCUGUUCGCGAAUGGGCGAAAGAGGAAGAACCAAUUUCUGCUUGGGGAAACACCAAAUCGGGUAAGAAAAAAAAGGGAAAGAAUGCAAUUAUUGACGAACUGCCAAAAGUAGAAGAACCACCGCCAGUCAUUGAACCACCGGAGCCCGAACCUGCAAUUGAGGACAAUAAAGAAGAAGAAGAAAAAGAAGAGGAGGGUGGCUGGGGAUGGGGACUUACUAAAAAGGAAAAGAAAAAGAAGAAGAAAAUUACAGAAGAGCCACUUCCUGCCCCAGAGCCCGAAAGAGAACCCACACCCGAACCCGAACCUGCACCGGAACCGGUAAUCGAACCACCACAACCCGAACCGGUCUGGGGAGCCAAGUUGUCUAAAAAAGAAAAAAAGAAGAAAGGUAAGAACGCUGUUGUGGAACCUGAAAUUGUGAGGGCACCGCCACCGCCGCCACCUGAACCCGAACCAGAGUUAGAACAAGAUGAGCCUGCAGAGGAAACUCAAGCAUGGGACUCAUGGGGACUUAGUAGUUCUACAAAGGACAAGAAAAAGAAAUCCAAGGAGGAAAAUUUGCCAACUGCUCCAGCGAAUGGUGGCUUUGAUUGGGGAUUUGAUAACAAAGAGAAAGAUGAGGAACCACUUGAAGAAGAAUUCCAUGAUCCAGAUCCCGAACCGGCCCCGAAAUCUGUUGAAUCUGUAGGUAUUUGGGGUGCUCUUACCUCAAGCAAAAAGAAAGAUAAAACCUCGGGCAAAGAGAAGGACAGGAUCUCUAGCAAGGACAAAGAUAGGAAGAAGAGCAAGAAGAGCGCUGAGGAACCCAGAAUCAUCGAUGACUACGACGAGCCUAUACCUGCACCGGCUCCCGACCCGCCUCCAGCUGUUAUGGACGAUUUCAGCUGGGGAUUUGCUUCUACUUCCAUGAGGGACAAAAAGAAGGGGAGCAAAAAUAAGGAACCUUCGCCCGAGCCUGAGAGUAAGCCGAUAUAUGAAGCCAUAGAACCUGCAAAUAAUGAUGAUGACUGGAUGAAUUGGGAACAAAACACCAAGAGCAAAGAAGAAUCUCUACUCCCUGUUGAUGAGUUUGAAGAGCCCAUGUCACCUCCACCGGUACCAGACGCCCCCCCGGCUGUUGAUGAUUUCAUGGGAUGGGGCUCUUCUUCGAAAGACAAGAAGAAGAAAAAGAACCUUAUUGAAGAACCCCCCAAAGCUGAAUCAUUCAAGGAUUCUAAAUUCGAUGACUUUUUCAGUCCGGUUUCAUCAAAACCAGCAGUCAAACUCACCAAAAAAGAACAGAAGGAUGCGGACAAAGCUAGAAGGAAAGCUGAAAAAGAAGAAGCUGAACGAAAAUUGAUUGAAGAGAAAGAGGAGGCAGCUAGAUUAAAAGCCGAGGAACAAGGAAGACUCGAAGCCGAGGAGCAAGAGAGACUUGAGCAAGAAAGACUCGAGGCCGAAGAGCGAGAAAGGGUUGAAGCGGAAGAGAAAGCGAAGGCCGAAAAAUCCGAAUCCGAAUCCGAAUCAGAAUCCGAACCAGAGCCUCCCAAAAACGAUUGGAGUUCAAUAUGGGGUCUUGCCUCAGGUAGCAAACCAGACAAAAAGACUGAGAAAAAGAGCAAGAAAAAGAACGUCCUUGAGAUUGAAGCUCCUCCUCCAGCCCCAACACCCCCAGCAGAACCUGAAACAGAUAACUUGUGGGGCUUUGGAUCUUCAUCAAAGAAAUCAAAAUCCAAGGAGAAAGAAUCCCCUCCUGUCAAACUCAGCAAGAAGGAACAGAAGGAAGCUGACAAGGCGGCCGAGAAAGCUAGAAGAAAGGCUGAAAAGGAAGAGGCUGAAAGAAAAUUGAAAGAAGAGCAAGAAGAGGCAGAUAGGUUAAAAGCUGAAGAGCAAGAGAGACUUGAAGCCGAGGAGCAAGAACGAAUCGAAGCUGAAGAGCAAGCGAGAGUCGAGGCCGAGGCUUUGGAGGCCCAAGAGCAAGCUAGGAUUGAAGCUAUAAGAUUAGCAGAAGAGGCUGAAGCAGCCAAACCGAAAGUUAAAUUGACAAAGAAACAACAGAGAGAAGCCGAUCGAUUAGCAAAGCUGGAAGCUGAAAAAGAACAAGCCUCAAAAGAGGCCGAGGAAGAUGCUGCUCGAGAAGCCGAGGAGGCAAGAGAGGAGGAAGAAAGGGCAAGAGAGGAGGAAGAACGAAUUAUCAGAGAGGAAGAGGAAGCCGCUAGAAAAGAAAUGGAGCGUGUCAAUAGAGAGGCGGAGAAGAGAGCUCUUAGAGAAGAGGCCGAAGCUUCUAGACGGCUUAGAAAAGAAUCAAAAUCAAGUAAGGGUAAGAAGUCUAAACACAGCAAAGAACCAGAACCUCUUCCUCCAACACCACCACCACCGCCAUCACCGCCAAUCCCAACGAAAGCUCCAACACCAGAACCAGAUGAAGACCUAGAACCAACCCAGGAAGAAGUAGAUGAAAUUCUAGCAUUAGGUAAUCGCACAACAACCGCAAAGCCAGCAUCUCAAGCUUUUAGUUUUUGGGGAGCUCCUAAAAAAUCACCAGUGAUAGAGAAGCCAUCACCGAGCAAGGAUGAUAGGGAAUUUGGUAAAACUAAUCUUGCCGAGGCAUCCACUAAGAAUCUCAUGGCUUGGGGCACGGGAUCAGACGAGAUUGCGAUUGCUGACAAAGCGAUGCGCCCAGAAACCUCUUCCAAGAACAAGGACACAACAACCAAAUGGCCACCACCAUCAAUAAAAUCAAGCUUGUUAAAGAAACCAGUUGGAGGUACCAUCGCUGAUAGGUUAAGGGCAUUUGAAGCGAAUAAACCCCCUGAGGAGCCUCAUGAAUCUGAAGAAGAAAUAGAUGAAUAUUUCCCAGCACCUUCUCCACCCCCACCUGCUGCGCCGCCCGCGCCGACCAAGGAAGAAAGGAGAAAACUAAAAUCUUCCAGAAGAGACAAGGAAAGGUUGGAAGAUCCGGAAAUUCUUCCUGGUGCAUUUCCGGAUUCUGCAAACGGCGACGAAAUCAUUGAUAUUGUCGAGAUGCCAAUUCAAAAGAAAAAUAGGCACAAAUCUAGUAAGAGCAAGGAAUCUUCUAGAGCACCUCCUGUACCCAUUGAACCACCGACACCACCUCCUGAAGUAGAACUGGAACCGGAACAAGACUCGGAUCAUAAAUCUAAGAAAGAACGUCCUCGAGUUGUUCGCGAUGGAUCUUCUUGGGGAGCGUGGGGGGCAGAGCCUCGCAAGGAAGAAAGGGAGAAAAAGUCAUCCAGGGACCGUGAGCGUAGAUCCGAUGAGCCUCAAAUCACUAGAGAGGAGAGAAGGUCUACCAGGGAAUCCGACCCUCGGCACUCUAAAUCUAGAAGAUCAUCUACUAGAGAAGAGAAGACUUCUUCAUCCAAAGACUCAUCUUCAGACAAAGCAGAUAAAUCCUCCAAGGGAGAUAACAGACCACCAGUUUCUAGGGGAAUUUCAAAUAUGUUUGGGCCCGCUACUCCACUAUCGAGGUCUAAUUCAAAAUCUGAAAAGCGACCAAGUGUGAGUAGGACAAGCUCACGCCGACAAUCUGUCAACAUGGAUAGCUCCAACUACGCAACUCCAAUUCCCGACGAUUCUCGUGAGCCUCCUCCAAUGUCCGCAAAGGCUGCAAAAAUGUUUGGUAUCGGUGUCCCUGGCAAGCUUUCAAGAAGCAAGUCCGAAAAGACCAGGCCAUCACGUGAUGAUGACGUGGUAGAUGAUGACGUGGCAGAUCCCAUUCGUCAGAGAUCUAGUCGCGAUAGAAAAGGAAAAUCAAAGGUAACUGAUGACUCAAUGUUUGAUGGGCAAGCUCUACCACCUGUACCUAUGCCUCCGCCACCCAUGGAUAUACCAAUUCGAAGGAAGACCAGGCCUACCACAGACUGGACUGCUAGUGCUAGAGCGUAUCAACAAAGAAGACAAGACGACGUCGACAUGGAGGAGCAAGGAGGUCCAUCUGAAAUCCCAGGUACACCUGGACUUAAACGAACUGAUUCGAGUGCCCGCAAAUCUGGAUUGGGUGGCAUGUUUGGUGGCGUCUUUGGAAAAAAAGAUAAAGAAAAGGAUAGACCAGACCUUAAACGUCGUAGUACGGCCCCAGCUGAAGAUGAGAACCGUGCAUACAGAAGGGAUGAACGAAAGACUAGACGAUCUUCUAGAGGUCCCGAGAUUGAUGUCACCAUGACAGGUGCCAUUUCCGAGGAAGACCAGGCGGCACAAAAAGCAGAUCGCCGCGCGAGGAGGGCUGAGCGCGAUGCAAAUCAAAGAGGUACGAAGGAUGUACAAACGGCAAAGGAAGAGUCAAGAAAAGAGCGCCAAAGAAGCGGAGAGGAAGAUGAACGUGAACGUGAGGCACGACACGCUGCUAAACGAGACAGACGACUUGCUGAAGCUGACAAACGUCGAGUCGAAGAGGAGCGAGAGGCCGAACGAAGAGACAGAAAAGAGAGAAAGGCUGCCCAAGCAGAUGGCGAGCCACGAGGUGAAGAUCCAUAUCGGUCCAAACGUCGACGCAGUCACAAAGAUCCCGACGAUAGUGAAGCACGUCGAAGAAGGCGGGCAGAGCGGGCAGAGCGGGAAAAAUCAUCGGAUCCUCGAAAAUCGAGACGCAAGUCUGCACCUGCUCCAGAGCCGGAAUUUCUUCCUGCAGAUGGCCCAGUCAACAGUCAUUCAAAGCCCAGGACUUCAGCUUGGCCUCAUAGUGGUACAGGCUCUUGGGUGAAAGAGAAUGCAGAUGCUCCCCCUCCACCCAACGUCCCCACCGGUGAAGCAUCCCCUGUUGAUGAGACAGUUGGCGGAGAGGCUGAGAGAAGACGAAUGAGAAAGACAAGACGCGAAAAGGAGGAGAUAGAGAAGCCUACAAGAAGCCCAGAAGGCAGUCAAGAAGAUCCUCCACGAGAAAGUCGGAGAGACUCCGGUUUCGAGACGUCCCGCGCGCCGAGUGCUUCUGGUGGCCUCUCUCGUUUUCGGAAGAAAUUUGGGUUUUAA